CCACCUCCCCUCCAAGAUCCGCCUUCUCCGGCCGCUCCACCCAAUUCGUCGUCCUCCCCGUCUCCCUCCCCGCCUCCCGAUCUCGACAUGAGCGACACCACCACGGCCCCCGCCGCCGCCGGAGCCGGAGACCACGCCGUCGACGCCGCCGCGCAAAAGCCACCGGCCGCCCCGUCGCCAGAGGCCACGGCGGCCACCCGGCGGGGCGGCAGCUCCGUGGCCACCACCAUCAGCCAGGCGGCGGCGCAGCAGCAGCAGCAGUCGCGGCUGGACGACGACCAGCUGGAGGAGCUGCGGGAGAUCUUCCGCUCCUUCGACCGCAACGCCGACGGCAGCCUCACGCAGCUGGAGCUCGGCUCCCUGCUCCGGUCCCUGGGCCUCAAGCCCAGCACCGACCAGCUCGACGCGCUCAUCUCCCGCGCCGACACCAACUCCAACGGCCUCGUCGAGUUCUCCGAGUUCGUCGCGCUCGUGGCCCCCGACCUCCUCGUCGACCGAUCCCCAUACUCCGAGGACCAGCUCCGGAAGCUGUUCUCCAUCUUCGACCGCGACGGCAACGGCUUCAUCACCGCGGCCGAGCUCGCGCACUCCAUGGCCAAGCUCGGCCACGCGCUCACCGUCAAGGAGCUCACGGGGAUGAUCAAGGAGGCCGACACCGACGGCGACGGCCGGAUCAACUUCCAGGAGUUCUCGCGCGCCAUCACCGCCGCGGCGUUCGACAACAUCUUCUCCUGACCGACCGAUUCCCACGAUCCGCAUGCGUGCCGAUCGUCGAUUCAUAUCUUGGCCAUGCCAGUUUUCACUUUGUUCUUCUUUUUUCUGGGAGGAGAUUAAUUUAGGAAGCGAUAGAUGAGGUGUGGUGUUCUUGUGAAUAACAGACAAAAAAAAAAGUCAAUUUAGGGACAAAUUACAUGCAUGAUCGAUUGUGUUCAUCUAUUUUCUGUCA